UGUGUUCCACUGUAAUCUGUAACUGUACUGGUUUAAAACUCUGAAUCAAAAGAUAAAAGAUUUUAUUGUCCCCAAACCAUUACCUUAUUAUACCAUACAACAUGUUAUAUGCAUUUUUAAUGGCUAAAAAAGCCAAAUUAAAUUUUAACAAAUUCCAUUCAGCAAAUAACCACAACCAACUGUUUAACGUACCCAAAACAGUGGUAAAACACAAAAAUGAUGAUUUGCAGAAAUUCAUUCAAUUUGAAAUAAAUAACAAUAAAUUCGAAACAAUUUUGGUCAAUAAUAAGCCUCAUCCAUCAUCUUGCGUUGAAACUGCGGUACCAUCUGGAUUCAAACCGUUAUUAUCAUCAACUCCCAAACAAACUGAAAAAUCAUUUGAAAUUAUUGCCAAACCCGUCACCAAAUCAACUCCAAAUCGUCGUCCUCUAAAAAUGUCUCAAUUUCUUGGAGAUAUUUAUUCAUCUACAGAAAACGGCGACGAUCCCAAAUCCUCGGAUAGACAUCAAUAUCAAGAUUCUGAUACAGUUGCUGUAAAUGACAGUAUAUCAUUCGAAGCCCAUUUGAAGAAAUUCCACCUCCUACUUAAUCCUUCAGCUCUUCCUAUCCCAAAUUCCAAUUCUACCAAAAGCAUUUUAUUAGACUCAUCUCCAACGAUUUACAAUAAGCGUCAAAAGCGAUAUCAUGAUGAAAACUUUCAAAUUAUUGAAAACUACGUUAAAAUUCAUGCUUCAAUGAAGACAACUGAAACCCGUCACGAUUUGGCUACUUUUAAAGAAGCAAUAUCUAACUUAGCCAAUGGAACCAUCGAAAAAGAUUUAAGUCAAGUAUAUCACAAGCAAAAAAAAGCGCCAGUUUUUAAGGUCCCUGUAGUUCCUGCAAAAUUUUAUAAAAUAAUAACUGAAGACAGCCUCGACAUUAGUCAGCAUUUAAAUACGAAUGAAAAGCAUGGUCAUAAGGGAAUUCGAGUUGAUUGGAAUACCCAAAAUGAAAACGGAUUCUAUCAAAACAAGGUUAUCACCUCGAAACAACAUGCAAAUCAAAUAAAAAAAAAUCGUAAUCAUCGAAAUGAAAUUUUGUCUGAUUUAAACUUUAAGACUUGUGGUCCAACACAAAAAAGUAUUCGGUAUGAGAAAGAAAUUACCAAAUUUUUGGAUAUUACCAAAGACAGUAGGGUCUGUGAUCUAAGCAUUUCGCAAAGUUUCGAGCUCUGCAGAGAUCUUGAUUCAUAUUUCUCUAUCAACAAAAAUCCUAAUGAGGAGGAAACAUUAUUUUAAAAAAUAUUAAAGAAAAAAAAGAAAUAAGUGAUUCGGAUAAAAGAGUUUUUUUUUUAGAUUUGAAUCGCCUAAAAAUGGCAUUUAUAUGCAUUACAAA